CAAUGGGCGGUGCCGGGGAGAGAGGAGCCGGGGGCUGCGUGUUUCCGGAAGACGUGGCGGCCGCUUCUGCCGCCGCUUCCAGUCACCUCCCCCCUCCCUAGUUCCCUACUGCUGCCGCCGCCACCGGCCUCGCCGCCACCAUGAUCUCCCUCACCGACACCCAGAAGAUUGGAAUGGGAUUAACGGGCUUUGGUGUGUUUUUCCUUUUCUUUGGAAUGAUUCUCUUUUUUGACAAAGCACUUUUGGCUAUUGGAAAUGUUUUAUUUGUGGCUGGCUUGGCUUUUGUUAUUGGUUUAGAAAGAACAUUUAGAUUCUUCUUCCAAAAACACAAAAUGAAAGCAACAGUCUUUUUCUUGGGUGGUGUGCUUAUAGUUCUCAUUGGUUGGCCCUUGAUAGGAAUGAUCCUCGAAAUGUAUGGAUUUUUCCUUUUAUUCAGGGGUUUCUUUCCUGUGGUGGUUGGUUUUAUUAGAAGAGUGCCAGUCCUUGGAUAUCUCUUGAAUUUACCUGGUAUAAGCUCGCUUGUAGAUAAAGCUGGAGAAAGCAACAACAUGGUAUAAUGACAAGUGGGCAGAAGGCUGGUUCUAAAUUUAUUGUAUUAUUUAUAAAGCUUUUGAAGAAUAUUCAGCACAAAGAUUAAAUUGUGAACAAAGGAAAAGCUUGUAACAUUCUUUAUAUAAAAGUUUAAUUUAAAAUGUAUAGUCUACAAAAUACAUCAUUA